AUGCUUUCUUUGAUGGCAACUGUAGCUAUGCUCUCAUCAAUUGCAUCCACUUACCCUAAACCCAAGCCCUGUCCCUCCUCACCCGGUCUCCCUUGGAUGACCCGCAUUGUUGUCUCUGUCGUUUCCCACAUCUCCGACAUCACUCGCCGCUCCGAUGGCACUGUCAAACGCCGCCUCCUCAGUUUCCUCAACCUCAAGCUUCUUCCCAUCCCCACCCACAUCCUAGGUGUCUCCUCUUCCGACAUAUCUGUCGACCCUGCCUGUGAUCUCUGGUUCCCCAUCUUCACUCUCUCUACUACCACCAGAGCAGCAGCAUCCGGCGCCCUCCCUAUCAUCUUUUUCCCUGGUGGUGGAUUUGUGUUGCUCGGUGCCGCAUCACUCUUUUAUGAUGCCGUCUGCUGCCGGUUUGCUAAGGAGCUCGAUGCCGUCAUCAUCUCUGUCAACUACCGCCUCUCUCUGGAGCACCGCUUCCCUUCACAGUAUGAGGAUGGUUGGGAAGUCCUCAGGCACAUCGACGACCAUGACUGGGAGCUCCUCCACGCACUGUCUUUCCUCGCCGGAGACAGUGCCGUAGGCGUUCUUGUGGGAAAGGGAGAACCGGGACCAUUGGCGGUGAAUGUCAGUGGGCCAAAUGUAAUGGACAUUACAGACCUGGAGGAGUUCCCGGCCACGCUGCUUUUUCACGGGCGGUUCAACUCCCUGAAGGACUGGCAAAAGCGGCAGCACGAGUGGCUCAAGAGGUCCAGGAAAGAGGCAGAUUUUUCGCGGGCGGUUCGACUCCCUGAAGGACUGGCAAAAGCGGUACCAUGA